AUGGGGGGCGUGGCAUCCAUCCCAAGCACAGACCCGGGCUGCACGCUGCAAGUCAUCGGGGCCGGCUUCUCCCGCACGGGGACGGUGUCGAUGGCGCUGGCGCUCGAGAGGCUCCUCGGCGGACCCGUGUGCCACGGCGGCACGCAGAUGCACCUGCUGGGCGACGACUGCGCGCGGCGGUGGGUCCAGGUGUACGAGGCGCGGCACGACCGGCCGGAGCUGCUCAGGCGGCUCGGCGAGGCGACGAGGGGCUUCGUGGGUAUCACCGACAUGCCGGGCGUGCACUUUGUCGAGGAGCUGCUGGAGCUGUACCCGGAGGCCAGGGUGGUCGGGGUCAGGAGGGACGCGGCGACGUGGUGGAGGAGCGCCAACGAGAUGCACGACAAGAUGACGCCUUGGUACAUGGAUUUGCUGCUGUGGCCGGUGCCGACUUCCCGGUGGUUUGCGCGCUGGCAUGAGCUCGCCAUGGAGAGGACUGGGGAGUUGGGGCUGUUGCCCUUUGGGCCUGACUACCUUGACAGGUACAACGACUGGGUGAGCCGUGUUGUGCCAGAAGAGAAGCUCGUCUGGAUGGAGAUGAAGGACGAGUGGGAACCGCUGUGCAAAAUGCUCGACAAGCCAACGCCCGACUCACCUUUCCCAAGGGCCAACGACGCUGAGGCCGCAGAAGGCCUGAUCAAAGAAAAAGUCAGGAGGGCCACGUUCAUAUGGAGUGGCAUAAUAGGGGCUGUCGCCGUGUCUGCAGCGGUCGCUCACCGUAUAUUUAGACGCACGUAG